AUGGAAAACGGAGAGGGUGUAGAACUAAACGAGGAACAAAUAUUGUGCCUGUAUAUCGACACGAAGAAGUACCAGAAAACACUAGGUGUAUGCUUCUAUAACUAUUUAAAGUAUGAAUUUUUGAUGACCGAAUUUAUUGACAAUGGAUACUUCACGGCCUUGGAAUCUUUGUUCAUACAGAAGAGGCCAUACAAGUGCUUUUUUAACAGCAUGAACGAUUUGGUUGAUGACGAGAGGCUUUUAAAUUUAUUUAAAAUGUGUAACAUAGAGGCUGUUGCCUUGGAAAGGAAAAAAUACGAUGUCUCAAAUUUGAAAGAGGAGUUAAAAUUAAUAAUUCCACAAAAUGACGACGUUCGAAAUUACGAUAAACAUUUGGAGUUAGAAAACGCAUGUAAAUGCUUAAUGGUUUUAAUAAACCAUUUGAAAGUUAAAGAAAAUAAAGACAUACACAACCAAUGCAGCAUUAACAUACACAACAUGGAUCUGUACAUGCGAUUGGACAAGGCAGCUAUUAAUGCACUAAAUAUACUUCCCAACAAAAAGAACACAAAUAGUUACAGUAACAAUACGAACUUGCUAAAAUUUUUAAAUAAAUGUAACACAACCAUCGGGUGUAAGAAGUUAAUGUCUUGGUUAACGCAGCCUUUGACAAGUGUUGCCGAAAUUAAUAAACGAUUAAACAUCGUUGAAACGUUCAUAGAAGAGGAUGAUUUGCGCAACAGCGUGUAUUGUAAUUACCUAAAAAGGAUCCCCGAGUUGGACAAACUAAACCACUACUUAAAGGAGAUUAAUCAAAAUAACGAACUAAAGGGGAACUCCAAAUAUAAUGAAGAAAUGAUUCUGAAGGAUAUUGUCAAGCUGUAUUAUGCCAUUUUGGACUUUAAGGAAAUAUACUUUGCUUUGGUAUCAAUUGAAGGGAAACACAAGCAAACGGUAAUUGAAAUGAUUGUGAACCCCCUGCAUGAAAUAUUAAAUAACUUCUCCAAAUUGUUAGACAUGAUCGAAAUGACCAUAGAUCUGAAAGAAAUUGAAGAAAACAAAGUUUAUUUAAUUUCUAAAAACUUUGAUGAAGAACUGGAAGAAAUAUCAAACGAGAAAAAUGCUCUAAUGAAAAAAAUUAAAAGACAUAAGGAGGACGUCGAAAGGGAUUUAUUUUCAGACAAAUGUGAUAGACGUUAUAAGAGGACUAACAGGGAGGACAUCCGACUGGUAGAUUGUAACACAAACGUAUUCCUAUUUAGAGUAUCCAAAAAGGAUUCCACCCUAAUUCAACACCAAAAAAAAUUCAUAUCAGUUCGCAUGAAUAAGAGCGAAUUCUUGUUUACAACGAGCACUUUAAAAGGUCUAUGUAAACAGUAUGAACAUUGUUUAAAUAUUUACAACACAUUGCAACUAGAAAUUGUCAAAAAGACCAUAUGUGCCGUGUCGACCUACACACCCGUGAUCGAAAAAUUUAUAGAUAUUGUAUCCACCUUGGACGUGCCAACUGUAGUAGAAGAUGGGGAAAAUGUAAUUAUGAAAAAAUCAAGACACCCAUUGUUAGAACUACAACACAAUUUGAGUAAUUUCAUUCCAAAUGAUAUUCACAUGAAUAAAAAAGAAAGCAGAUUGAUAAUAGUUACUGGACCAAACAUGGGAGGGAAGAGUACGUACAUCAGACAGACAGCUAUAAUUUGUAUCCUGGCUCAAAUAGGUAUGUUUGUGCCGUGCGACUUUUGUGAAAUUCCUGUUUUUAGUCAAGUCAUGUGUAGAGUAGGUGCUUCUGAUUUUCAGUUAAAGGGUAUAUCGACUUUCCUAUCCGAAAUGAUAGAAGCAUCCGCUAUUGUUAAAAAUGCAGACAAAAAUUCCUUCAUCAUUGUGGAUGAAUUGGGAAGGGGGACAUCUACCUAUGAAGGGUUAGGCAUCAGUUGGUCUAUUGGCAAAUACAUUUUGGACCACAUAAAAUGCUUCUGUUUAUUUGCUACGCAUUUUCAUGAAAUUUCAAACAUUGCUUAUCAAUGUGAGGGUGUCAUCAACAGACAUGUCGAAACGACUAUCGAUCAGAAGCAGAAAAAAAUCUGCUUCUUGUACGAAAUUAAGGAUGGCGCAUCGAACAAAAGCUAUGGUGUCAAUGUUGCUGAAAUAGCCAAGUUACCAAAAGACGUGAUUCGAAAGGCCUACGAAAAAGUAGAAGAACUGGAGUCAGCGGAAAAUAAAUACUACCUGAAGGAAAAGCUAAACAUUGACACAUCCUCCAGUAUUAAUGAAAAUUACAAAAAUAAAAUUUCCAACUAUAUGAAAAUUAAGGACGAAAUUAAUUACCUCUUUUCUUCCUCCACUGAGAGUGAGUUUAUGGACAGAUUCAUGUCCAAGAAGAGUUACUUGAAGGAGCUGGCUAUUUAA